GCGCGUCACCCAGUCUCAUGGAGGUCACUGAAACUCUGUCAGUCUGAUACAUCACCUCUGAGUGGACAAGUGCAGACAAGACACCAUGGCUCUGCUACUGGAGCACCAGUUCAGGCCACUGCCUGCUGACAGACAAGUGGAAACCAGACCUUUUCUUGAGGCUGCCACUUACCUUCCACUAUUCUUUGACUGCCUUGGCCCGACUAUCUUUGCACCCAUCAAGUCUGACAUAUUAACAAAUAUUACAAAAAUCAAGGCAGUCUAUGACACCAACCCAGGACGCUUUAGAACCCUUCAACAGAUUUUGGAGGUCGAAAAAGAAAUGUACGGAUCCCAAUGGCCCAAAGUUGGAGCCACACUAGCACUCAUGUGGCUGAAAAGGGGUCUACGCUUUAUCCAACUGUUCCUUCAAAGUCUGCUUGAUGGUGAAAAGGAUGAAAACAACCCGAACCUCAUUCGAGUCAAUGUGACCAAAGCAUACGAACUGGCGUUGAAGCGAUACCAUAGCUGGUGGCUUCAGCAGCUUUUCAGGGCAGCUUUGUUCGCUGCCCCAUACAGAUCGGACUUCCUGAAGGCCCUCUCCAAAGGCCGGGAAGUGAAGGAAGAAGAAUGUUUGGAGAAGGUAAAAAAAUUCCUGAUCAACUUCUCUGCCACAGUCGAUGCAGUUUAUGAGCUGUACAAUAAAAUGAAUGCUGAUGUUGACUACAGAGUUUGAGUGUGAAACAAUCCUAAAUCCUUCUGAUGUGUUUUGUUAACACUUAGUAAUUUUAGUUAUGACAAAUGUACCACAGGUGUCUGUACACUUUUGUGUAUUUGUACUUUUAAUGUAGACAGUUGACAUGAUGGCAAGCUGUCCAAGCUAUUGUUAGCCACAAGACUUUGAUUACCUGAAUUUACAAUGAUCUGUUUUGUUUUGUUUAUUGCUUAAAAAGUAUGUCCCCUUGAGAUGCAUCAUUUCAUUUUCAUUUUCCUCCUUAUCUAUAAUAAAUAUGCUCAACAUGGGCGUUAAUUGUUUUAGUAAAUCUCCAAAGCCUCGAAUUGCUGCUGUAUUUAAUUCAUAAUGUGGCUGGGCAAAAGCAUGUCAUAUGUUUGAUAAUAAGCAUACCACUAUAAGUACAAUAAACAAAACAUGCAACAUUUUAUUUGUUUUUCCGUGUGCAUUUCACUUUUGUGGUGAUUAUUUAGCAUCGAUCUCAUUACAGUAAUUGACAAUCAUUUAACUCAGUAGGUAAUAUAGAAAAAUAAUGU